GUGCUGGCUACAAUCAGUGUCACCCCGGCACGGCGGGAGAUAAAAGCAGCUGAGAUCUGUGUUCCGCGCCGCGCCGACCCUCACAGCACACGGCGCGACUACUCGUGUGACCCCGCGUGCCGCCGUCAGGACCUCCGCCGCGCCCACGCCUUCUAUGCCGCGGGAGAGUGAGGUGUAAGGGGACUAUUACUAGGCCUCACACACACACGCACGCACACGCAAUCACACGCAAACGGCCUCCAAAGUGACGGAUAUUUACGUGAGCGUCGAAGAGUCGGGAUUUAAACAAGACGGAGUGCGCGAAACAAGACCAAAACAAAACAAAACAAGACAAACAAACACCAAACCGCCCCCGCCAGGACCACGCACUAACGGCCAUGCUAUAACCUCGAUUAACGUUUAUCAAUGUAAUUAUUAAAACGGCGGGAUCAGGCCGCGUUCAGCCCGGGCCUCCCCAUUAGAUAAGUAAUCCCCGGGAGAGGCACAGCGGGGAUCACACAGGGGGAGGCGGGGGAGGGGAAUGCCGCCCAGGAGAGGAGCCAGCGCCGGGGGGGAGUGAGCCGCCGUAAGCCUGGCCUGUGUGGCUCCCAUGGCUCCAGGUGAGUGAUGGAGGUGUCCCACGCGUCCAGGUGCACAGCUUCGUCAAAUGUGUGGGCGUGGGUGUGGGCGUGGGCUGUCGUGGUGGCCCUCAACUUCCUGCAAGCGGACGGGCGUGGUGGCAGUGGCGGUGGCGGCAUCAAAGGUGAGCCGCACGUGAGCAGUCAAUGGCCGGCGAGUCACGUCCACCGGGAAGGAGAGUUAGUGCGCCUCACCUGCCCGAUCACCGCCAACCCCGAGGCCUUCUACGAUUGGUACAAGGACGGGGACGGAAUCACAGACACGUGGAACAGAUACGUGCCCAAGAAGCGUCUGCUCAAGAUCAAGAACGUGAGGGGCGUGGACGCGGGGGUCUACACAUGCAAGGGCGUCAAUGGGUUCGGCCGCGCCAACGCCUCCACCUCGCUCAUUGUCUUGGGUAAAGGUGAGGUGCUGGAUAACCUCACCAAACCUGUCCUGACGGAGGUGUCGCCGCAGGUGCCCAUACACAGGCGUCGAGGGGACACCUUGACGCUAACCUGCCGCGCGAGGAGCCUCAUUAAGCCUGUGGUCACCUGGUCGAAGGAUGGCGCAAGGCUGGAAACGCGGGGAGAGCAGUUCCAUCUCCGCAGCGUCUCACCCAUGGAUGCCGGACAGUACACGUGCAGGGCGGAGUCAAAUCUAGGGGCCGCCACUGCCAAUUUCACUGUCUACGUGGAAGACCCAGGUAGCGACGAGCACCUUCAGAUCAGAGAGACGGUCAACACGACGGUGGAGGAGGGUGGAACGACGUCUCUCCAGUGCAGCGUCCACACAUCGAAUCCCCCGAGAGUGGAGUGGCUGAAGGAACUGUCCCCGGAGCAGGAACGCGCGGGCUACAUGCUCAACGCCACGCGCAUGCUGGCGGGGCGGCGCUACAUGAUGAUGGAGGGCGUGGAGGGCGUGGUGGCGCGGGGGGGCGGGGAGUAUCUGACCAAGUUGACCCUGAGCCGCGCCACUCCAGCCGCGGCGGGCGUGUAUGUGUGCCUGGCCGUCAACGAUUUGGGGUUCUCCUUCAAGAAAGCCCACCUCACCGUCCGCAGGCAGCCAGGGCCUGAGUACCCCCCCGUGAGGCAGGAGGAGAGGAGUGUCAACUGGCUCUUCCUCAUCAUCCCCGCGGUGGUGGUGGUGGUGGUGGUGAUCGCCGUGGUGGUGUGUCAGCUCCGAAAGUCCACCCCAGAUAAGCCAGUAGGGGUUAACGCGCCCACCCCCAUGCUGAAGGGAGACGACCCCUCCGCCCUCACCCCCCUCAACCAGCAAGACCCCCACUCCCACCCCCCCUCGCUGCCCCGCCCCCCCGACCUCGUAUACCAGGAGGUCAGCGGGUACAGUGCCAGCAGCGUGCGAGGGGGAGGUCACGGGGCGUCUUCGGGUACCCACUAUGAGCAGUACCCAAGCCCUUACCCCGACUCCUAUCUCGACCCUGCCUAUUCCGACCCCUACCAGGCAGACCGGGGGACCACAAGGAGCUCGGAUCACGGCUACGCGCGCCUCACCCACCCUUCCCUUGCCUCCCACGCCUCCUCCAGCCCGCAGCUCCCCCCUCCAUACGUCCACCCUCACGCCCACCACGCCCACACCCACACCCAUCGCCACCCUCAGUAUUUCGUGCAUUAUAAUCUAUAGUGGGUGGGUGAAUAUGGGUGUGACUAGGGGUAAAGGUGUGUGUGUGUGUGUGUGUGUGUGUGUGUGUUUACCUGUAUGUUUGUUUCUCACCUGGAUUGGUACUGAGUGUAUUCUUUCUACGUGUUUGUAUGUUUAUGUGUGUGUGUGUUUGUGUCUCUUUCUCUGAUGUGUGUGAAGAUAUAAAGAAAGAGAAAGUAAGAGAGCGAAAUGAAUGAAUGACCUCGGUGUGUGUGUGUGUGUGUGUGUGUGUGUGUGUGUG